UUUCCUUCUUGGGAUAGUUUUGAUUUCUUCGUUUGUUUUUAUUUGGCUUUAUGGGUUUUUUUUUUUAUACUUUGUCUUUGUUUUUGCAUUCCAUUUGCAAUAGAAUGGUCAUUGCUAUUGUCCUACCCAGUCAUAUAUUUAUUUUUAUAGUAUAACCUAAUUAAUAUUUAAAUGUAUUGUAUUUCAUUCAUGGAAAUAGUUCUGACCACCUUCAAAUUCAACACAUUUUUACUUCUGUCAACUAAUGCUGCAUCAUUUUGUUUUACGAAAUUAUACCCAUCUUUUGUUAUUUUUUUUUUCAUUUCUUUCGCAGCAGAAAAAAUGAGUCCAUUGCAAAGUAUGCUGUUGCUCGCCACAUUGGUCGUUAAUACUGAAGCUGUUCCGCAACCGUUAGAAAGAGACAGGGCGCCAACCGUAGACGACCUAAUUGUUGAUUUAAUUAAAGUCGUCAUGAAACCUGAAUUAGCAGUGUUGGAGGCUAAAACCAAAGAGAUGGAACGUGAUCUAGCAGUUCAAAGGAAUCAGAUAAAGACUCUGCAAAAUCGUAAAGAGUUUAGGUGUGAAUCAGGGGUCGUUGGAAUACACACCAAUCCUCGCCCUAGCUGGCCAUAUACACAAAGCGUCACCUUCCAAACUCCAUUUGAGACGCAGCCGACCGUUACGUAUGGCCUGUAUCUUCUGGAUACUGGAUACACCAAAAACACCAGGGUAACAACGGAAGUCACUGAUGUUACCAAAACUGGACUCCAGGUUAAACUGAAUACUUGGGCUGAUACAGUGUUAUAUGGAGCCAGAAUCAGUUGGAUGGCAUGUGGACAGUAAUAUAGGCACGUGGCCACAACAUCAAUUUUCUUAUUUGAUGUGUUGUGGAGUAUUUAAAUUUUUGGAAAAUCUUGUAAUUCAAAACAUAUGCUUAUUUUUAUGGUGCAUACAUGUUGGAGAUAUGUCAUUAAGAAUUUAAUAAAUACAUUAGCAUAUACAAAGUGGGCGUUGCAAUUCCUAGUUCAUUAUUUUAACGAAAUAAUGUAUGCAUCAUGGGAUGUUACAUAUACCUCUAAUUUUUUGUGAGAGAAAUUAAACUAUCUUACUUAGUAGCGUCA